CAGACCACCCACAACUUUGGAAUGAUGCUUCUUCUGUUUACAAUUUUAUGAAAAAAUUCACAUCAACCCAUAUUCGAAAUCGACUUGUCAAGACUUUUGGUAAAGACUUUGAAUUUUAUGGACAAGAUGAUGCAAUUGAUACACUUUGGAAUGGAAAUAAGACAACUGGACAAAAGGGGAUUGUAGGCCGAUUUAAACAUCGUAAUGAUAGUGACAAACCUCUUCAUCCUAUUCCUGUUUUAGCAAGUGGCCCUGGAUCUGGAAAAAGUAGAUUUCUGGAUGAGAUUGAAGAAUUGCUCAUGUGCAAAGCUAACAACUCUAACAAUGAAAGUAUCCAUAAUGCCUUUGGUAAUACAGUAUUCAUAAAUACAACUUAUGGCAAUGGUUCUCCUCCUCGUGAUGUUGAUGUAACAAUUGGUGCUGAUGCAUCCAUUUCAUUACGUAUUCUAUUUGAAUAUUUUCGACCAUCCUCUCCUGAAUUUGGUGAACUCACUUUUCCAAGCUUCUUAUCAUACUGUCAGAGUAAAAACACUCCCACUUCAAGUCUUAGUUUACUUAGUCUGGACACUACUCUUCAAGUUAUAUACAUGGACAAAAUGAUGAAAGGAGAUAAUCUAUUGGUUAUUGUACUUGGAAUUGAUGAGUUCAACAAUUUACACGAUUUGAAUAUGAGUGUCUGCAAGAGUCUAAUAAAAUCCAUUGGAGGAUCUAUGUGUUCUUCACCUAAGAACACUUUUUUUGUACCCAUUCUGUCUGGAACCAUCGAGGGACCUCUGGAAAAAUACAUCCAUGGCUCUGCACACAAACCACUUCAACUCCCAUUACACCUUCUUGGAGAAAGGGAUGUAAUUGAGAUUGGCAAGAAAUUGAAACUAUUUGAUGAUGAAUAUAUCAACCUUAAUCCUUACUUUCAAGUCAGCAUCAGUGAUAUAGGAGGACAUGUGAGAACUCUAGAGUAUUUUUAUGAAGCUUUUGCACAUGAGCUGAAACAUAAUGAACUUCAUGAUGUGAUUAUUGAUAAAAUUAUGAGGAAAGUCAAACAUAAAAUUAUGGAAGAUUAUAAUAUAGCAAAUUACUCAAAUUUUCUGGCAGUGGCUCUCUCAAAGGCAAUACUGGGUCUGCUGGUUAAAAAACAGGAUAAAAUUGAAGGUUUAGGAGAGAGUUAUCAAGAUCUCAGUUCAAUGGGGCUUUUGAAUUUAGUCUUUGCAGAAGAUAAGUCCAAUGAUGAGAAUGAAAGCAAUAAUAAUUAUUAUAUUCACUUACCUUACAUAUGGGUAAGUGUACUUGUUGAAGAAUCCAAUAAAUAUGCUUUUCAAUAUUGGCAGAAUAUGCUCCAACAAGAUAAGAAGAUGGAAUGGCAGAAUUUUGAGAAGUUUAAUGCCAAAUUUUUGGCACUGCGUCUCAGUCUCUUCAAGUUGGCUGGGUAUGAGAUAAUAAAGUUGAAGGACUUUCUCAAGGGUGCAAAUAUUUCUGACAACUUUCUAGAUGUUGAAGUUGUCCUUCCUGAAGAAGUCAAAUUGUAUAACUUGCAACAUCGAUAUCCAGUCACUAAAUCUAAUGAGGAUAUAACAGCAAUAGAUGACAAUGAAACUACAGAAGGAUUUAUCAAACUUAACAUCCUUAAGGAUGAUGAUAUUGAUAAUUAUACAGAUUCUGAAGCUAUUAAACCAAUGGAAAUCAACCAAGAUAAAUUCAAUGAUGAACAUACAAAGGUCUCCAAAGCUAUGAAAAAAGUUAGAAAUAACAAUUGUCCAUGGGUUCUGCUAUUCUUAACAAAUGCAAGAACAAAGAACUUGUCUAUUAAACAUAAAUCUAACAGUGCAUUAGUAAGUAUGGAAAACUUUCAAGAAUUUUAUGGAUAUACAUAUGCCAGUCGGGCACAAUUUUUUUCUGCACCUAUUGAAGCACUUAAGAUCAUUGGCUUCAAUGAUACUCAACAUGAUUUAAUAUGA